UAAUAUGAAGUUCCACAAUUUGUUGUUAUGGAUUCCUCUCCUGGUUCUUGCAUUGAAGGAAGUUAAAGGAGCAGACGACAGUUAUAAUACCAUUCAUAGAGAUGGGUCAUAUGAAUUUGGUUAUAAUAAUCCUGACUCGUACCACUUCGCUGACGCCAAUAGGAAUAACGUUGUAAAGGGAGAAUUUGGGGGAAGAAAUCCUGGUACAGGAGCUUUCGAUUCGACGGUAUACACUGCCGGCCCACGCGGCUUCAGACCUCGCGGGAAAAACGUCGUAAGAAAAUUCGAUCUCAACCAAUCAGGCCCAAGACCCGUCGGAUCUCCCGACGACCCCUUAGCUGACCCUUACGAAGAUCCAAGCUACAAUUUUUCUUUCAGAACGCGUACCUAUACAAGACAGGAAGAUGCCAAUAGGGCCGGUGACGUAACCGGCAGAUAUUCCUAUUUAGACGACGUUGGAGAAAGGCACAACGUCGAGUUUGUUGCCGGCAAGAAUACAGGGUUUCAUGUUAAAACACCUUUUCCUGAUUCCAAUCCCAGAGCUUAUGGACCACUUUACUUUAACGGACGAGGGAAACCUAUUCCAAGGGGAAGGACUUCUAUACAAAGGGGCCUCGAUGGAAGUUACAGAUUUGUAUCUGCUGGACCUGAUCAAAGACGAACAGAAACAAGUGAUGCUACUGGCCAUGUCCGUGGUUCUUAUACGUAUUUAGACGACAAAGGAGUACAACAUUCAGUUCACUACAUCGCGGGACCGGAAACUGGAUACAGAGUCCUGAAGACUGUCAAAGGUCCACAUUUACCGACCGUCUUUCCUUUCGGACGCCCUGAAAUCAUACCUCCAGAUUUCUAUGAUUAUGGGAAAGAUAGUGACGUAUUUGAUACAGCGGCUAGUGGUCAUGUUAAACCUAGUGGAAGCAAACCUAGUGGAGGUAAACCCAGUGGAGCAAAACCUGGUGAUGGUAAACCUAGUUCAAAAGAAGAUGGUACUGAUUUUAGCAAAGACAAAGACCAAGACGAAUUCACUUUUGGCAAUAAGAAGCCUGUAAGGCCGAGUAAUAAGCCUACCUUUGGCAGACCGUCUUAUACAGAUGAAGAUACAGAUGAUUUUGGGGAUUUAUUUGGAGAAGGCGGCGCCAGUACAGGAGGCUCUGGAACUACUGGUGGUAUUGGUGGCACAACUGCUAAACCGAGUAGGCCUACACCAGGGCAAUUACCAACCAAACCAGGAAUAUCCAGUGAUGAGGAUGACGGCUCUUACAAGCCUUCAGAAGAUGACUCCUAUAAACCUCGUCCAACUAAGCCUGGUUAUGGAAACUUACCACGACCUGGGGGACUUGGGAUCACUGAUGAUGGCUCCUAUAAACCUCCUCCUCCCACUAAACCAUCUCAUGGAGACUUGCCACGUCCUGGGGGACUUGGAAGCACUUCAUCUACUCUAACUCCUUCAACCACUGCAUCAGGAGUAAAACCUGGCGGAUUUCCAGGGAGUGUUGAUUAUGGCGAAGGUUAUGGAUCAGGUAAACCAAGCGUUUCUGGAGAAAGUUCUAAUGAAGUAGGCGGUGAUUUUGGUUUAUUUGGCAGCGAAACUGGCAAUGCUAGACCUCCGUUUAGCAGCAGACCUGUUAUACAUGUUGGGGCUACAGAUGAUUCCUGCAAGAGAUGCGCAGGAACAAUCGUCACAAAUGUCGGCGAUAAGCUUUUUACCGUACCGCCUGGAGUUUCCGUAAGAGCACACGUGCAAGCCAUCGACUUGAUACCAAUUAGUCCGAGUGUUCCUUCCCCAAGCGAACAAUAUAAAGUCGACACCAACAUGAGAACUGAACAGUUAAAUGAAUCUUCAAAUCAGAUUGUUUUGUUGAUCGUUUUAUCAGUUUACUCCAUUCAAUGUUGGGAAGCACUUCCCCAAAUUCCAACAGCUAGAAGAUCUCAAUACCUCGUUCUUCAUGAAAACGGACAGUACAAGUAUGGAUACGACACAGGUGAUGGAUCUGCUGCUGAGCAAUCGGGAGAUGCUUCCAAUCAAGUUAAAGGACGUUACUUAUACAAUAGCCCUUCUGGACAAAAACUGGACAUAAAAUACACGGCCGGCGUUCAAGGAUUCGUGCCUGAAGGGAUUCCACAAGCUUCUCCAUCACUUUCGAUCCCACCUGCUGCUCCAAUUUUAAGGCAGUAUUCAAACCCGCAACAGGAUAAUGAUGCUCAGACCGGAACUGGUGAUGCAUCGUAUGCUUUCAACAUCGACACCGAUUCCUACAAACGUCAAGAAACUUCAGAUGCACGCGGUAACGUUAAGGGAAGUUACUCCUACAACAAUGAAGCACGAGCACAUGAUUUGACAUACGUAGCGGGCGAAAAUACUGGUUUUGUAGCUGUUUCAGGGUCGCUAGCGACACCUAAUGGUCUUGAAGGUAACUCUCCUUCUCAAGGAUACACUUAUAAUCAUCCAACAGCCCACAGCGGUAGCAGUCCUUCCAUUCCCUCUUCUUCAUCUAGCACUCCUAAUGCCGAUGGUUCCUACUCCUUUUCAUAUUUAACUCCUGAUGCUUCUCAGCAGCAAUCAGGAGAUGCAAAUGGUAAUGUUAAAGGAAGUUAUUCGUAUAGUAAUUCUGCUGGAAUUCAUGAUUUAACUUACAUAGCUGGAUCUGAAACAGGAUUUGUUGCUACUGGAGGUAGUUUGUCACAACCCAAUAGCUUACCCACACAACCAACUGGUACAAUACCAAAUUCAGAGACACCAUUUAGUGGACGCAACCAAGGUGCAUAUUCUUCUUCUUUAACACCGGACGAUGGAUCUUACAGAUUUGAGUAUUCUUCCGAGGACUCUUCAAGGAAAGAAGUAGGUGAUGCAAGUGGUAACGUACAAGGCAGCUACUCCUACAGAAAUCAAGCUGGUAAUCAUGACUUAAGUUAUGUAGCAGGAUCUGCCACAGGUUUUCAAGUAACUGGUGGUUCCUUGUCUGUACCAAACGGUCUUGGAAGUAGCAGUGCUAGCAUUUUAACUCCUGCUUUUUAUAGCAAUCCACAAGCAACAUCCCCAGUAAGACAUUUUCCUCCCGAACAAAAUGAUUUGGCAAACACUGGAGAUUCUUCUUACAGUUUCAACAUUGAUACUGAUGACUACAAAAGAACCGAAACUUCUGAUGCUAGUGGCAACGUUCAAGGAAGUUUCUCUUACAGAAAUUCUGCUGGCGUCCAUGAUUUAAGUUUUGUCGCAGGUUCUGCCACAGGAUUUUUGCCAACUGGAGGUAGCUUGUCCAAUUCUAAUACCAUUCUAAAAUCUCCUGGUUACAAGUCAAUAUCUCCUUCAGUUUCACUUCCAAGUAAUGAUAAUGAGCAAAGUGCUGGUGAUGCGUCGUACAAUUUUUCCAUUGACACCGACGAAUAUAAAAGAACAGAGUCAUCAGAUGCCAACGGCAAUGUAGUAGGAAGUUUUUCUUUCAAAAAUUCUCUUGGACGCCAUGACCUUUCAUAUCAAGCGGGUGCGGAACAGGGAUUUAAGACUACUGGUGGAUCCCUGAGUAUACCACCUGGAUUAAAUGAAGCACAGUUAAGAUCUGGAGGAUAUAAUUCUCAAAGUUCUUAUCCCAGUAUUCCAGUAACUAGUUACUCAUCUGAACCAAAUCCGGUUUUACCAUCUACUAAAAAUACAUACCGUAUUGGUAACGUGGUGGUAAAUAGUUACUUACCGCCCAGUAACGAAAAGAAGAAGUUUGGAUACAUAUUUGAUACCAAAUACUAAGUACAGGCUGUGAUGUGAUAAUCACCUACUACAAAUGCUGAGCAAUGUCCUAUGUUUACUGCCAAUGAAAUGUUAUAUUUUUGUUAAAAUGUAUUAUAAU